CCGCCCGCACGUCCCCGGCGGGGCGGAGCUGGCGCCGCUGCUGUGAUGGCGUCGCGGGCGUUGCGGGCGGAGGCGCAGCCGCUGCGGUGCCAAUAGAGAGCGGAGCGGCCGGGCCGGGCAUGGAGAGCCUGGCGCAGCCCCCGCCGCCCCCGGGCUCGCUGCAGACGGGCGGCGGGGGCGCUGCCAGCCGGCUCCGCCCGGGAGAGGCGGCGGCGGGCGAGGGCGGCUGCAGGGAGGCCGAGGAGGGCGGCGGGCGGCGCAGCCCUUCCCCUCCGCCGGCCCCCGCUCCCGCCGCGGCCCCUCAGACCGCGUCCCCCUCCCGGGCCGCGGAGGGUGCUGCGACGGCGGAAGGCGCGGGGCUGGCGGUGCCGGAGAGUCCCGGAGCGGCGCCCGCCUCGGAGAGCGGUCCCGCGGGAGCCGGCUCCGGGAGCAGCGGCGCUCCCAGCCCGCCGGGGGAGGAGUCCCGCAGCCUGGACUCGCUGGAGUCCUUCUCCAACCUGCACUCCUGCUGCCCGAGCAGCUCCGAGCUCAACAGCGACGCCGACGAGGCGGUGGUGGCGGGGGCCUCCUCGGGGGGCCCGGCCCCGGAGCCCGAAGGGGACAGGCCGGCGGCGGGCUCCCAGCUCCUCUCCGCUUCCAAGGAACGCUUCCCGGGCCAGUCGGUCUAUCACAUCAAGUGGGUCCGCUGGAAGGAGGAGAACACGCCCGUCAUCACCCAGAACGAGAACGGCCCCUGCCCGUUGCUGGCCAUCAUGAACGUGCUGCUCCUGGCCUGGAAGAUUAAACUGCCACCGAUGAUGGAAAUCAUAACGGCUGAACAGCUGAUGGAAUACUUAGGAGACUACAUUCUUGACGCAAAACCUAAGGAGAUAUCUGAAAUUCAGCGACUUAAUUAUGAGCAGAAUAUGAGUGAUGCAAUGGCAAUUCUGCAUAAGUUGCAGACGGGUCUGGAUGUCAAUGUGAAGUUCACAGGUGUCCGAGUAUUUGAAUACACACCUGAAUGCAUAGUGUUUGAUCUGCUCGAUAUCCCCUUGUACCAUGGGUGGUUAGUGGACCCUCAGGUUGCUGACAUAGUAAAAGCAGUUGGUAACUGCAGUUACAAUCAGCUGGUGGAGAAGAUAAUUUCUUGUAAACAGUCAGAAAACAGUGAACUGGUUAGUGAAGGGUUUGUAGCUGAGCAGUUCCUAAAUAACACAGCUACACAAUUGACGUACCAUGGACUGUGUGAGUUGACUUCAGCUGUCCAGGAGGGAGAGCUUUGUGUGUUCUUCAGGAACAACCAUUUUAGCACCAUGACCAAAUACAAGGGUCAGCUUUACCUGCUUGUGACAGACCAGGGCUUUCUUACGGAAGAAAAAGUUGUGUGGGAAAGUUUACACAAUGUGGAUGGUGAUGGGAAUUUCUGUGACUCUGAAUUCCACCUGAGGCCUCCAUCAGACCCUGAAACUGUCUACAGAGGGCAGCAGGAUCAAAUAGAUCAGGAUUACCUGAUGGCAUUGUCUCUACAACAAGAGCAGCAGAAUCAAGAGAUUAACUGGGAACAGAUCCCAGAAGGAAUCAGUGAUCUAGAGCUAGCAAAGAAGCUCCAGGAAGAGGAGGACAGGAGAGCUUCUCAGUACUAUCAGGAGCAAGAACAAGCAGCUGCUCAGGUCCAGCAGGUACAAGGUGCAGCCUCUCCAGCCAGCACAAGACAAUCCGGGAGUAACGAACGCAAACGCAAAGAGCCUCGAGAGAAGGAGAGGGAGAAAGAGAAGAACAGCUGUGUUCUCUUGUAACAGAACAUGGAUUCCAUCUGGAGCCAAGUGCAUGUCCUCAGAAGCAAAAACAAGGAGUAAAAAGGAAGACGAACCUGUUACAUGCCGCCUGUGCCUGAUUACCCCAUGGAUUUUGUUCAUGUUCCAAGAGAGGAUGGAUGACUUUGUACCAAUCAGACUUCCUUCAAAGUCAUAGUGCGUGCUGCUCAAGAGGGAAUUCCAAAUCACAGUUGGAUGCGGCUGUGCUUUGAGUUAGUCAUAAGAAAUAUUGCACCUUGUAGCUGAACACACAACUCAUGGCAAGUCCUGUGUCAUAGUGACAUCCAUUACUCAUUACAUCAGUUAGUAAGCUAUUUUAUCUUCUACUCUAAACAAAGGUAAUUCAUUUUGUGUGAGGCUUUUUCCUGAAGUCUGUACACGAGCACAACGGAGUUCUGUGUUACUUCCUUAGUAUGAAACUAUAUCUUAGGCUGGGUAUAGUCUCCAUGACACAAGAGCCCAAAUAACAGCUGGGCACUGCCUCCUCAGUGUGUCCAGAUUUCUUUGCUUCUGGAUCUGGUAUGUUCUUUUUUUGAACCCAGAUUUAUACUUGUUACUGCUAUCACUGCAUCUCCUGGCCAGCUUUCUUGCCCCAAGAAUAUGUGACUUGAUAGGCAGCAUACAAAAAUUGUCAUGAAGAAACUGGGGCAUUUAUUAAAAAGCAAGAUGAAUAUUGUUUGCUUUUCUUGCAACUACAAACUGGGUAUGGCAACUCAGAUGUUAUCAGGGUUAAACAAGUAAUUUUAUAGGUAACUUCUUUUUCUUGUAUUAUUUUUUUUUCUCUUGUAGGUAAACUGGACCAGAUAAGGUUUUAUUUAUUGACCUCUCCGUAUGAUAGAUGAAUGAUGAGAGGAAACUAAAGUCUAUAAUAAUCGAUAUUCUAUAUAAGAAUGCAGAGUUAAAAUAACUAACUAUCUGCCUUUUAUCCAGAAGUACCUUGAACUUCAACAUGACGUUAACAUGUCCACUUGUAUAUUUAAGCAAGUGUACUGUAGUUAAAAACACACUUUUUUGUUUGUUUUAUAAAUCAUGUAUUCUUAAAAAAGCACACUUCUGAAGGGGUGAGAGAGGAGUGAAGCUGCCUCUCUGAGAUGGUUUGAAAGGUGGUCAGGUGUAAUAUUUUGUUUUUUAAAUCACUAAUUUAGAAUUUUUGGAAACCAGAUUUUUCUAAUUUAUGGGAACCAAAUAAACAUGUUGCAUCUUGUAGUAUUUAUAGAAUGCAGAAACAGAACACUUGAUGAAUUUUGAGGGAACCACAAAUCUUCCUCCACUUCCAUUAAAUCAAUAACAAGUAGUUCUUGCUGAACCUUUUGAUAAAAAUUUCUAUUUAGCGAUUUUUGGAUACUUUUGAACAAGGCUGCUUCUCCUGGACAAGUUCUGUAUCCGUGCUCUAAGCCUUAGUGUUCACACAGAAUAACCUGGGCAAGCUAAGGGGGAAUAUGACAUUCCUGCUUCCAGGUGUUUGGAGAAUGUCUACAAAAGUGGGUGUCUGGCACAAGUCCACUGGUAAAAAGCCACUUCACAAUAAUUUCAAGCAGACUGGCUGCACUGAUGGCAACCAGUCAUCACACACAUCUGUUACCAAUCUAGAAUGAAAAUGAGAUAAAGGAAGAAUGUCUUACCAGCUAAAGGGCCAAUUUGUAUCACUUUUCUUCCAUGCCUUUUCCUUUUUUGUUUUUCUUCCACUUUUGUUACGAUUUCCCUUUUAUAAUGAUGAGGUAAUGAACAGUAGGAGGUCUCUAAUAUGUAAACUGUAAAUUUAAAAAUAUCUUCUCUAGAAAAGUCAUGCCCAGAGAAGUAAUUUUAAUACUUAAUGUAUGCAGUUCAGAUAAUUUUCUAUGUCAAAGGAAAGGUUGAUGUCUUUUUUUCCUUUGCAGCAGCCUAACUUCUUCAAAAAUUAAUGUGAUGGAGGAUCACCAACAUAAUGACUUAGCUACUUUAAGUAGAUGAGAAACUAUUCCAAUAGUGUCAAUAACAGAGACUCUAAGCCAGAAUGUUGUUUAAAAACAUUCUGUUACUAAGAUUUUUCCAAAUUUUGUGUAUUUACAUUUAUUUAUUGACCUUGAAAAAUAAAUAUGUCAAGCUAAGUGUUUGUUAUUAUUUUCAGUGACAGUAUUGCCACUUUAACUCCUUUCGGAAGGAACCUAGCUGUUGUGGCUUUGGAGUUUAUCUUUUUGCCUAAGAUACUCGUUUGUAUUAGAAGAAUUCAUGUAACAUUUCCAGAUUCAGACAGAUGUGCCUGAAACUUAAUAUGCUGUAGUUAGAGGAACUAAGGUCAUUUGGUCACAGAGGAAGAGUUAAAUGCAAUGCUCCUCAUGAAGUUGCAACUCCCGUAUAAUUCAGUUUCUUUCAAUAGAGGAGUAAAGGUUUCAGGGUAUUUGAGAUGGAAGGCAUGCUGUGAAAACAGUCUUCUGUUAAAUAUCCUUUUUUCUUUACAGGUCUUGAAGCUUUGGAAAAAAGGUAAAGAAUUCCUGAAAUCUAGGGCUGCAUGAGUUGAACUUGUUAGUGGCAAAAGUUGUAAGCACUUGAGCUUCCUAAUACCCCAAAUGAAAUUCACCUGGAAGCUUAAUUUAUGCCCUACUGGGAGUAACCAUUCCAAAAGCACCUGUCACAGUUGGUAUCUCUGACAGUAUCUGAGGAUCAAAAAACCUGAACAGAAUUGCUUUUAUCUAUAUGAAGUGAGCUUGGAAAACAAUAUUGCACAAUUUAGUCUUGGAGUACCAGGAAGACAAUAUCUACUUAUGUUUACUUCAUUUGCCUUUUCUUUUUUUUUUUUCUCCACCUCAUGUUCUGGCAAAAGGAUAUAGAUUUAUACUUUAAAUCUAUUUAUACAAUUUAGCAUGUACAUGCUCCAAAUAUCUACAUAAUAUAUAUGAAAGUGUCCAGAAAAGUAGAGUAGAACUUGUUUUCCACUAGAUAAAUGUUAGCACAGAAAACAGAAUCAUAGAAUUUUUGUUGUUGCAUUAUAGUUGUGACAUAAAAAAAGCUACAUACAAAUAUUCUUAAGAUUAGCAAAAACCAGAGCACUGCCGUAGAGAUAAAUGUUUUUCUAUAAGGCACUUUGUAACUGCUCAAAUCCACCAGUUUUCUUGUGACACUCAUGGGAAUCUGCAAGCCAGCAAAGCAGAUCCAGAGGGUUGUAACACCAGAGAAUGAAAUUAGCACUCCUGAAAAUUCACUUAAACACAAUGCAAAAACUACAUUUUGUUAGCUUAUGUCGUUCAUAUAAGAAAUAAAGUGUUCAGAGUUUCUGUGCAGAGCUGCUUUUGUGGCUCUCAGGAGUUCACACGAGCUCCAUGGGAAGCACAGGCUCUGCUGGGAUUGCCAAGCAGGCUCUGACUCACUUGGUAUAUCACAUUAUUGUCAUGUUUCUUCAAACUUGUACACACAACCUCUUGAAAAAAGUUUCCAGUAUGUAAUAAAAGGCAGUUUUGAGUUCUUGGAAUGAAUUUUCUUGUGCAUUCAGCAGGAAAUACUAAAGUGAAAGGUAAAGCUGAUGUAUUUUUAACUGAACCAUUCUUCAUUCCUGCUCCACUGGUUCUGUAACAUCGUCAGUUCAUUGCUUGGAUCAGUUCUUUGCAUUAGGAUGCUUAUUAGAGAAUCUAUCCAAAGUACAUCCUUCAAUACAACAUACUGAAUUAAGAGCUUAUUUUAUAUAAAAGUAGAUUUUUAAAGGUUGCAGCAUUGAACAGGUGACUCAGGAAAUGCACAUUAACUGAUGGAGAAUCCUCAUUAGAAAGCAUAUUACAGAAAAGCAAAAAUAACAAGCUGUAGUUUGGUUGCAGUAGAAUGCUCCCAUUUUUCCAUCUGUGCUGUGAUGAACACCUUGGGAGCAGGAAAAAUCCAACUCUCAAGAAUGUUCAUUCAGUCCAGAGAUAGCAAAUGUCGCGUGCAAGGCCUGAAAAUGACAUUUCAUCUUGACAAAUGCACAUCUUUUUUUAGUAAGAUAAUCAGCCAGAGACUGUUAGUGCUGAGUAGGAAAAGGGGAAGAGGUGAGUGACACCUCCUCACACCGUGUCCUGUUCAGUCUGUCUGAUGUUCAGUGCUCCUGUACAGCUCCCUCUUUUCACAGCUUGCCCAGCAGCAAAGCAGUGGAUGCAAGCUCAGCUGGGAUCUGCUUUGAUAGGGAAGAAGUGCCACAGGGGAAUGCUAAGGAGGAAAGAGAGGCUGGAACAUAAAAAGUCCCUAUGCUACCUCUAGAGAUUGUUUAAAGCUUCGUCCUUAAUUUUGCUGUUAUUUUGGACACAAAUAGCUGUGGCACAGCGUGCAGUGGCCACAUUUUCUCACCUAGGUAAUGCCCAGCAGGUUCAUUUCCUGGCAGGUUGGCAGUGUCUGUCCCUGGACACACUGCUCUUCACUCUCACUGUGCUUUAAAGUCAGGACUAGCUGUGCUGAUCCUCUGAUAGCUCCAAAUAUUCUUAUUAAAUGUCAGUUGCCUACUGUUCAGUUUCGGUCAACGUCAGCUCCUGUCACUCUGAGCUCUCUUUGCUGGACAGCUCUCUAGAGAACUUGCUGAAAUCUGCCUUCCUCAUUCCUUUUCUGGUUUGUAGGAUUACUUGUGUUCAUGGAGAAGCUUUAUGUGCUGAAAUGGGCAAUUCCUUGUUUUUCAAGGUUAAAGUCUUCAAAUACUUUAUCAUUAGAAAGUCAAGAUCCCAUGAUUGCCUCAACAGCAUAGAAAAACAUGCACCAAAAUAGUGUUAUUUUUGGGAAAUCCUAGGGAACGAUUCAGAUGAAGUUUUACCACUCAAAGGAACCGAAACCUUGCCAGCUCAGUUUACACAGUGCUUACAAAUAGUGUAACUCUGCUGAAAUCCAAGGCAGCUGCUGCCCUGAUCAGAGCAGAGGCACUGCCCGUGCUGCCCUCCUGGCAGUGAAUGAAAUGGGGGUUGUUCGAUAGAGCCAAACACUCAGACAAAUGUACAGAGACCUUGGGGUGCACAGGGACACAAACUCAGCUAAGUUUUAUUAUUUUUUUAAAUUACUCUCUUGAGCUUCCUUUAGUGCUGACCCAAUUUCAGUUUAGGUCCCAUCCGCCAUAAGUGAUACCUGUUGUGAAACAUAUGGGGAUUGAUCUAAUGGUGUCUCAUGAGCCAAAGCCUUUAGCUGAGACAAACUGAGGUUCUCCAUCACAGAGCUGGAUGAAAUAAUGGGAUACCUGUCUGUCUUGAAGUUCAUGUUCUCCUGUUGAAGCCUUCAGGAAAAUUUGGAUGGGCUUUUUGAGUUAAAACUUCAGCUGCAACUUUGGGAAGUUAAGUUUAUGCUAAGCAGUUUUGAAAAUUUCACCUUAGUUUAACAUUUUUCAAUUUCUUCUGAAUGUGUUUCCAAAAAACCUGGGUUAACUUGUAUUUUUGUCAGAAACCCUGUGGUGGCUUUUGUUCCUGCUUACUGGCACAUGCCAAGGAAAAGGUAAAAGCUGCAAUUAAAAGAAACACCAGUGUGUCUUAAAUCACUUUAAAAACUUAAAUCAGCUGAGUAAUGGGAACACCCUUGGGUUUGCUCAUCUCUUGUUUUGGGGAACUCCAAAAUAUCUACGAAAACAGACAAUUUUCUCUCCAGUAUUUUGAUAUAAGGCCAGCAGUAGGUCUGUUAAUUUUAGGGCUUUUGUUAUUGCAGAUUAACCAGAGCCAGAAACUGGUUUAUCUUAGUUAAUAAGAUGUUGUGUUCACCAUUGAGUUUCAGUGAAGCCCUUCACACUGAAAGUUUGAAACCAGGUUCUCUGUGAAGUAACAGUAUGGGGAUUUUGGCCAUUUGCAUGGGUAUGUAUUACUAGUGAUUCUAUUAACUACAGGAAAAAAAAGUAUUGCUGUGGAAAUAAAAUCCUUCCAUUGCUUGGAAAAGUAUGUAGUAGGUGGAAUCUUCAAGACACUGCAGAUGGAUACAGUGAACCAAGGAACCUGCUUGUGGACUUUAAACUAUUUGUAAUCCAGCUUUUGCAUUUUUUAUCAUGAAUAGCUGCAAUAAUUACGUUUGCAUUCCAUAUACUCGGGUUACAGCAGGUAUGCUUGCAUUUCUGGAUUUCUUACAUGCUUUCUCUUAGGGAUUGGUAAGCAAAAGUAAUUUUAGAGAACCCCUUAAAAAAGUGACCAUAGUUACAAUGAUUUCAAGAGACAAACCUAUUGCAGCAAGGGUUUCUUCACUUUAUCUUGAUAACUCUCAAAAUGACCAGUGCUGUAACAUUCUGCUGAGAAGUGUGACUGGUGAGGGAGUUACAGUGCAGACAUUGAUGAAAUAAGCAGGUUCUGGUUUGGAUAGGCUUUGUACUUGCAAAAAACAUCCCCAAUUAAUGCAGGUUGCUAUCAGACUGUACUGGACAGAUCACAGCACUUGUGAAGGGUUUUGCCCUGUGUUUCUGCAGUGUGUCGGCACUGUUUACAGGUUGAGCCUCACAACUUUGAUAACAGUUCUCAGAACUAUAGAAGUAUCAAGUACUUGUCCUGUGCCACAUAACUCUAUUCUAAAUCUGUUACAUUGCUCAGUAUUAUGUUAAUUCUUUACAGCAAUUUUUUAUAAGGGAGAGAGAAAUACCGUCAGCAAUUUCCCCACAAUACCCUGAUAGAGCUUUAAUGUUAAAUGACAGAGUUUUGGUUUAUAUUACAGCUUUCAGCAAAACAAGUUCUAUCAAAGUUUUUUUUUAAAAAUUUUCAAUUAUCCUUUCAUCUGGUCACCAGCUGCAUAGCCCUUAUUAGUACAACUUCUGAUAAUCACCUUGUACACACACGUAAGCUUGGUGAAGAAAUGACUGAUGGAACACACAAAAAUGAAUCCUACAGAAGUUGCCCCAAGUUCUCAAGUGUUAAGUCAAAUAUUUGUUGUCUUAACUACCUUGACUGGGUCUUUUUACAAUGAAAUGUUUUUUUAAAAAGCACCACCCCCUCCCCAAAAACCUGACAUAUUUUAGAAAAGUUCCAAAAUACUUCCAGAUUAGUAAUGUCUUCAAGAUGCCACCAGAAUUGUGCAAUGCCUGUGUUAAAUCAGCAGUUCAGCUGUGAGUCUUGUUAGGCAUCCCGUGCUUACUUGAUCUCUCUUAAAAGGAAAUGCAAAGUAAAUCUGAUGCAAGUGACUCUGGAUUUAUCAAGAGAGGGGAGAAGUUAAUUUUUUUUAACUUGUGUUUUAGAGGUGCAUGACACAAUUAAAUCUAGUCAUGCAGUAUCAUUUGUACCAAUGUAUGUGAAUGAAAUACUUCUCAUCGUGUGACACCAUUAUCCAGCACUGUAACGGCAUCUACAAGUUCAACUACUGAAUGUUUUGCAUUUUAAAAGCCUUAAUUGUUUAUAUUGUAUUAAUGUGUUUUUAAAGACUAUAAGGAAAUAACAUUUCCUUGUAAAUUGUUAAAAUAAUUUUGAACACAAAUAGUUUUCAGAGAAAUCCAGUUCUGUAUCUUAACACUCCUUUUUGUUUGUGUACCACAAAGCUGUUAAAAUCUGUUACCUUUUAAAUAGUGUCUCCUGCUAUCAGCCUCUCUCUAGUUCAAGGUCUUUACCCAACUGAGAUUUAUUUUGGUUAACAGCCUUCUGAAACUCAUUGUAUGUAAAUAAAUUUAAGUGAGCAAACUUAAA